GCAACUGGUAUAGAAGGUAAACUUGUAAAAGCGAGAAAUCGCCGAAGUCUUUCUACUUCUUCAAGUCAAAGUUUACUUAAGAAAAGCUUAUCAAUAAAACCACGGGCUUUAUCGAAUCUUUAUCCCUCAAACUUACUCUCGGCUACUGAGGGCGAUACAAAUAUUAGUGUAAAUAAUAGGUCGUCAUUUGAAGACUUCGACUAUUCGACUUCUGGCAAUCCAUUUACUGGAACUAACUCUGGUUCAAAUUCCAGUAGUAGUUCCUCUAACUCACCAUAUUUGAGUUCUUUUCCUUUUUAUCAAAGAGAAAGGCAUCACUCCUUAUUUUCUACAUAUGCUUUUUCUUCUUCUGUAAAACGAAAACCUUCAUUUCAAAGAUGUAGUAGAUUUUUCCCUGAUUUAUCAAUAGAUGCUGAACAAAAUCAUCUUAGUAAUUUACAUAUUAUUGAUGAUGGUUCUCCAGAAUUUACUUUUCCAAAAGUUAAACGAAAACUUUUAAAAGAUCUUGAAGAGGCAAAAAGUCGUGCUGAUAAAAGAAUUAUGAUGAUCUUGGAUAAUUGGUAUAAAUCUCACCAAUAUCAAGAACUUUUAAGUGAAUUUUUAUAUGAUGGAUGGAGUGAUGAUGAUGAUAUGCAAGCUCCUCCAUUAAAGAUUCAAAAGAGUAGUAGUCAAAGGACAUUGAGUAAAAUGACUGUCAGUCCAGCUAUUAGUGAUACUGAUGAUGAGGCUUCUCCUCUAAAUAAGUUAUUCCUUGAAGCUAAAUUAAUAAAUAAAGAUGAACUUGUGAAGGAUAAAAUUACACAUAAAAUGGAAUCUAUGUCUUUACAUGGUAAUACAAAACCAAAAAACAUUACAAAAAGGAAUAAAAACUUUAAAAAAAGAAUGACUGCUAUUUAUGAUUUAUUGCAUUUCAACGUUGCUAUUGAAAUAAUGAAGGAGCUUCAGGAAUUAAUGGAGUCUCAAAGGAAAAUGGCCGUUG